ACUCGUAGUCCAACAUCUACCACUUCUUCCCCUUUCACCUUCGCCUUCUAAACGGAACCAGAUCUACUUGGGUAGUGUAGGUAGUCAAGUAUUGUGUGGUCUUUUUGUUAGGUAUUGUUAGAUACAUUUUAACGUGGUUUGGUUAAUCACGUCACACGUGUUCGUUCUUUCUGAUAAAGUGGAGAGAUGUUGGAACUAUUUUUUGUGUACGUAAUGAUUAUUAAUAUUAACAACAUUUCCAAGUAAAAUAUAGUGAACGAUUUCAAGUCUUCCUGGCUGUUGAAUAAUUUGGUGAAAUAUCUCUAAUUAUUGAACGAUUUCAAGUCUUCCUGGCUGUUGAAUAUAAUUGGUGACAUAUAGUGAACGAUUUCAAGUCUUCGUGGCUGUUGAAUAAUUGGUGACAUAUAGUGAACGAUUUCAAGUCUUCCUGGCUGUUGAAUAAUUGGUCCGAAUUACAGUUGAGCCGAGUGAAAAACUGGAAAUGGAUGAAAUGAUAUGUGACAUGACUGAUGCUACUCAACCUGCUCUGAUAAGCCUGCAAGAAUUAUCAGCGAUCACCGUUGCUCGGGAAAUAUGGCGCUGCGAAGUGAAUAAUUAUCGUACGAAUAACGAAUUGGAAAAACUCACUCCGAAAAAACUCAGCACUUCGUUAAAGUCAAAAUUUCGCGAUUUACCUACUGCGAUUGAUAACGUGAUAGAGAAGUAUGUAACAAAAUUUGGCCUUUCGAUGGAAAAUUGGCUCGAGCAGCAUUACAAAAGAGUGUUCUUUAAUCAUUACUGCCAUCAGAACUAUGUUUUGGAAGAUUUCGAUGAUUUUGUGUGCGAUUACAGCAAUGGUACUGUUGAUUACAUCAAGACUGCGGAACGUAUGAUGCGUUGUGAUAGAUUGAGUAAGGCCAAGAAAUUUAAAAUAGCGUGCACGUAUUUCUUCGAAAACGAUAUCAGACGAAUUUGGCCAUUCGUGUGCAAAAAGGUGGGUCCGAAUAAUAUUGAGUUAGGCAAUUGCCCUCAGCUAUAUUACUGGAUUUGCUUUCUCAGAAACGAGCUGGAUAAAAUACCUACCUCGGAGCAUCAGUCUGUCGAUGAAGCAAUGUUUGAUCGUUACAUGCCUUAUAAUAGACCAUCGCUGGAAUAUUUUUGGAAUCGUAUAUCCUACCAAAACCAAAUUCAAAGCGCUGAGCGACUUUAUCAGCUUAAAGAUGAAUUUUUUAUUAGGUUCAUUUUAACAAAACUCGAUUACCAGCAGCUCUACGAAUUUGUCAACACGAAAGGCUGCGAUCUGAUCUGUGAUCUGUUGAGAAAACGUUAUUUCGAAGACGAGUUUGUACUUGAAAUCUGGAUGUGCAUGAGAAACCUUAUGGAUGAGGAUAAUUUCACAAAACUAGUCGUGGAUAUGCUUCAGACUGAGAGCACGCGAUCGUACACCAAAAAAAUAGAAAACGCUCAUAACGAUCACAAGAAUUGGUUACGUCUAUGUCGUGAAUUAUGGCACAAUGCCCCGCAUGAUUUAAGACAAUCAGCCAUCAAGAACAUAUCAACCAACUUAAAGCUGUUCACUUCUUAUCGUAGUGAAGCUGGCAAUGAAUCUUCAGAGUUGCUGUUAACUAUUCUCGAGUGUGCAACUUUCGAUGAGAGAAGCUCAUUUUGGACUAACUGCUGGCAUAAUCUGAUCCUAGGCAAAAAUACCGAAGAUUUGCAGCAAAUAAUGGAGAUGUGUUUCGAAAACGGCGAUGCAAUUAUUCAAUACAAAGAGAAUGUCAUGUUAAAAAGUGAACAUGUGUGGGAAAUCUGUGUCAAGUUAUUAAAGAAGUUCGAUUUUGAAAAAUUAAAUGAUUUGGUGGAUUUUUGUUGUCCUAACGCGGAAACAUCUAGACAUUUUAAACAACAAUUAUUGCUCCAAUCACAUGCAUUCGAUGAAAAAUUGCAUCUUAGGAUUCGGAUUAUGAUUCAUAAAUGCGACACUACACAAUUUGACAAGUUCAUCGACGAUGCUUAUGAAAAUAGUGAUCUCGCUGCAGAUUACAAAAAUCAAUUUCUUGCGUCUCUGCUCCCAAGCGAACACGAUUUACACGAGUGGAUUUACUCUACGUUAGAGUGGGAUUGGAAAGAAUUUCCGAAAUUUUUCGAAACAUUUGUUCCAACGGAACAAGCAAUGCGGCAGGUGAAAACGCGUAUAAUUGAUCGUGUGAAAAAAUUUUGUAGACUGAGUAGGGAUAUGCUGUUUUAUAAACCUAUUUUCAAUGAUUUAUUGUUGUGGUGUUUGGGAAACGACGAGGAAGUUGAUAAAUUCAAGCAAGAAAAUAAUAUUUUGCUCAACUAACGUGGAAAAAUGUUGCUGAAUUUUUUUGACGAUCUCUUCCAAUAGAUAUGUGAAGACUUUGUUUAAUUCUUUUGAAACUAACUCUUAUUUAUUUGUACUUUUAGUCAAGUUAUAAUAUUGAAAAAUAGUUUUAUUACUAACCUAGGCAUUGAAAUUGCAUUAGGCCCUUCUGUUAGUCCUCAAUAAACUUGUAAUAAAAACUUGCAAACAUUUUAAA